GGCGGGCGGUCCCGGCCAGCGGCGGGAGCGGCGCGGACUCACCGGCGAUACCGGAGCCGAGCGGGGCGGCCGCCGCCGGGCACGUGAGCAGGCGGGCAGCGGGCGGGCGUGCUCUCGCGAGCGCGGCGAGGCGCGCGCGGGGCUCGCGCAGCCGCCUCAGUCCCUCUCUCCCUCUCUCAGUCCCGCUGUCCGUCCGUCCGUCCCCUUCCUCCGCCGCUGGCGCCGCACCGAGCGGGAGGCGCCGCCGCCGCGUUCCGUCCCCGCCGGCCCGCAGAAUUGUCUGGUGUUUCUCAGCUUGAAGAAGAUCUGCAGUCAUUAUUGAUCCUCUUUCUUGGCGUUACCGUUUUUGAAGUGAAGUUUGCCUAGCUUUCUAGUGUGAGCUCUCUUUGCAGCCAUCUUAAAAAAAAAAAAAAAACUAAACAAAAAGAAUUUUUUUGAUCCAUAAAGUAGACAAGCUCUAGUUCUACAAUGUCCAAGUCAUUCCAGCAGUCAUCUCUGAGUAGGGAUUCACAAGGUCAUGGGCGUGACCUCUCUGCAGGAAUAGGCCUUCUUGCUGCUGCUACCCAGUCUUUAAAUAUGCCAGCAUCUCUUGGAAGGAUGAACCAGGGUACUGCACGCCUUGCUAGCUUAAUGAAUCUUGGAAUGAGUUCUUCAUUGAACCAACAAGGAUCUCAUAGUGCACUGUCUUCUGGUAGUACCUCUUCCCAUAAUUUGCAGUCUAUAUUUAACAUUGGAAGUAGAGGUCCGCUCCCUUUGUCUUCUCAGCACCGUGGAGAUGCAGACCAGGCCACAAACAUUUUGGCCAGCUUUGGUCUGUCUGCUAGAGACUUAGAUGAACUGAGUCGCUAUCCCGAGGACAAGAUCACUCCUGAAAACUUGCCUCAGAUCCUUCUACAACUUAAAAGGAGGAGAGCUGAAGAAGGUUAUGGUAGAGAUGGCAGAUCAUCCACACGGGAACCACCAUACAGAGUACCUAGGGAUGAUUGGGAAGAAAAAAGGCAUUUUAGAAGAGAUAGCUUUGAUGAUCGUGGUCCUAGUCUCAACCCAGUGGUUGACUAUGACCAUGGAAGUCGUUCUCAAGAAUCUGGUUAUUAUGACAGAAUGGAUUAUGAAGAUGACAGAUUGAGAGAUGGAGAAAGGUGUAGGGAUGAAUCUUUUUAUGGUGAGACUUCGCAUAACUAUCAUAAAUUUGACAGUGAGUAUGACAGAAUGGGUCGUGGUCCUGGUCCCGAGAGAUCUCUCUUUGAGAAAAAGAGAGGUGCUCCUCCAAAUAGCAAUAUUGAAGACUUCCAUGGAUUCUUACCGAAGGGUUAUCCCCAUCUGUGCUCUAUAUGUGAUAUGCCAGUUCAUUCUAAUAAGGAGUGGAACCAUCACAUCAAUGGAGCGACUCACAGCCGCCGCUGUCAGCUGCUGCUCGAAAUAUACCCAGAAUGGAAUCCUGACAGUGAUUCAGGACAUGGAAUGGGUGAUCCCUUUAUGCUGCAGCAAUCUACAAACCCUGCACCAGGAAUUUUGGGACCACCACCACCUCCAUUCCACCUUGGAGGACCUCCUGUUGGGCCCAGAGGAGAUUUUUCUAUCUGUCUUCUGAGUAGCUACGUAUUGGUGGAGCUUUCUGGAGCUGGAAAUGGAAAUAUGCAAGGACCCAGACACAUGCAGAAGGGCAGAGUGGAAACAAGCAGAGUUGUGCACAUCAUGGAUUUCCAGAGGGGGAAGAACCUGAGAUACCAGCUGCUUCAGCUUGUUGAACCUUUUGGGAUAAUCACAAAUCACCUGAUUCUAAACAAAAUCAAUGAGGCAUUUAUUGAAAUGUCAACCACUGAAGAUGCCCAGGCUGCAGUGGAGUAUUAUUCAACAACACCUGCCCUGGUGUUUGGUAAACCAGUCAGAGUCCACUUGUCACAGAAAUACAAGAGAAUAAAGAAACCUGAGGGUAAACCUGACCAAAAGACUGAGCCACCAAAACCAGAACUUGGUCGUGUGAUCCACCUGAGCAAUUUGCCCCACUCGGGCUACUCUGACAACGCCGUGCUCAAACUGGCCGAGCCCUACGGGAAGAUCAAGAACUACAUCCUCAUGAGAAUGAAGAGCCAGGCCUUUAUUGAGAUGGAAACCAGAGAAGAUGCUUUGGCCAUGGUUGAACAUUGUGCCAACAAAGCGCUUUGGUUCCAAGGCAGAUGUGUGAAAGUGGAUUUAUCUGAAAAGUACAAGAAACUGGUGUUAAGGAUUCCCAACAAAGGAGUUGAACUGCUGAAAAAGGAUAAAACCAGAAAGAGAACAUAUUCCCCAGACAGCAAAGAUUCUCCCAGUGAUAAGAAGUCCAAAACAGAACCUGCUCAGAAACCUGAAAGUGGCAAUACAGAAGAAAAAGCGAAAGAGGAGAAACAGGAGGAUGCUGCUGAGCCUUCAGGUGCCAAAAGUGGGGAGCAGACAGAGCAAGAUGAGCCCAGUUUACUCCUGGAGUCUGAAGAUGAGCUGCUGGUGGAUGAGGAGGAGGCAGCAGCACUGUUAGAAAGUGGCAGCUCAGCAGGAGAGGAUGCAGAUGUUGCCAAUUUAGCUGAUGUGGCUACUGAAGAAAAAAAGGACACACCUGAUGAUGCAACUGUAAAAACAGAAGGGAAUGUUGCAGUCACUCCAGCAGCCAAGAAAAAGCUUAAAAAGCGCUACGUGGGCGGCUUCCCGCGCAGCAUGGAGGGCUUCGUCACCCUGGACGAGGUGGGCGACGAGGAGGACUCCGACCACCAGAAGCUGCGCAAGUCCGGGCUGGCAGCCAAGGCCGCGGGCAAGAGCGAGGACAGCCUGGCAGAGAUCAAGGUGGACAAGAUUGAGGAGCCAGAGCAGGAGAGUGAAACAUUAGAAAACGGAACGAAAAGCGAAGAGAACGCCAAGGCUGAAAGUGUGGAAGCUUCUGAUGCUUCGACAGCACAGGAUACUGAGAAAAACACCCAGGAAAACACAGACCCCCAGGCCGAGCAGGAAACAAAGAGUGUUCUGGAGAAACCUCUUGUCCCAGAUGAGUUCAGGAUUGGGCCAUACCAGCCAAACAUUCCUGUUGGUGUGAAUUAUGUGGUACCCAAAACAGGGUUUUAUUGCAAAUUGUGUUCCCUGUUCUACACAAAUGAAGAUGUUGCAAAAAAGACCCAUUGCAGCAGCCUUCCUCAUUAUCAAAAGUUGAAGAAAAUUCUGGAUAAAAUGGCAGAAGACUUCAGGCAAAAGAAAGAAGGUUAAAAAGAAGGAUGUAAGGAAAGCGUGGCUUUGUUUUUAAUGUUAAUCUUUUUUAAAAGCAGUACAAGUAGUAGAUGGAAAUACUGUAUUCUUUUUUGUUUUAGUGAGAUACAGUAGGCAUUAUAGGUCUGUUCAUGUGUUAAAUGUUGUAGCAAAAAAGCAUAUGCAGUUAAGUUAAUGACAACAGUUUGUUCUUAAUGUGAGAAUGGCAACAACCUUUCAUUUGACACUUCAAGCUAUUACAGAAAAAGAAAUCCUGCACCCUUGUGGAAAGCUCAUCUAUGAGAAGAAAACUGCGUUUAAAUGAAACUUGCUACUUUCAAGCUUCAGAAAUUGUCUUUCAAUUCCAUUCUGAAUAAAAAAUGAAAAGUAAUACUGUAUUUUUAUUUUAUCUAGAACAUUCCGUAUUUUGGUCUGAGCCUAGCAGCUGUUUAAUUUUGAGUGUAAGGCUGUCAUUGCAUUUCACUUUGGAAAAGUCGUUAAAUGUAAGUUGCAUUUUUAAAUGUUGAAUUGCAGUUUCUUUUAAUGUCACUGCUGUUAUCUAUAGCAAAUAGGAAAAUUAGUGAUUAGUCAGCUUUACAACUUUGUGAUUUUUUUUUCCUAAGCUCUUGCUAGACUUUCCUAUUCAGCUAUUCCGUGUAUUUUAGUGAGAAGUAAAUGCCCAUUCUCUGACCAGUAUUAUUUCCUCGAGCUCUUCCUGCUUUUACUUGAAUCUCGUCGCUGUCGUACAUCUCUGGUAUAUCAAAAGCAGCAUUUGAGUCCUAAAGGGACAAAGGUAUCUUUAUAUUCUUCACAUGGAAGUUUUCAUACCUGCAUUUUAACACCAUUUUUUGUUAAAGCCCGGUUUUGUCAAGACUCUUUAGAACUGUGCACUUAAUGUACCUGCACAUGUGAGAUGUGAACAGGAAUUUGCAUGUGUAACCUGUGUUUAUCUGUAGUUUUUGUUAUUUACUGCUUAUUUGUGACUUCAGGUUACUAAAGUGAUUCCCAAUAAACAAAGCUAGACCACA